ACAGUCCAACGCACGGAUAUUUCCGUCGUUAGCCUCUCGCAUGCGCAUUUUGUCAUCUCUUAUUUCCUCAUCAGCUUCCUUUGGUCACAAAUUCCUCUCGCGCUUCACCUUGCGUUCCUUGAACGCCGCCUCACUCCGAUCCCAAGCACCGCCCUCAGCCGCUUCCACUCGUCACUCCACACAAAUGGAUGCAUCCGAGGAAUCGCUCCGCAAGGCCCUAGCCGAUAAGCAAUCGGCCGUCGAGGCCCAAGGCAUCGCCGUUAGGCAACUGAAGGAGGCUGGUGCGUCGAAGCCGGAGAUUGAUGCUGCUGUAGAAGCCUUGAACGAUUUGAAAGUUGUGAAAUCCGCGAUCGAGAACCGGCUCCAGGCUGUUGUUGUCGGAAAUGACGGCGGUGCCGCUGGCAGGGAGGCGUUCCGUCAAGCCGUGGUGAAUACUCUGGAGCGCCGGUUGUUCUACAUCCCGUCUUUCAAGAUUUAUAGGGGUGUGGCGGGGCUUUAUGACUAUGGCCCGCCGGGUUGCGCCGUUAAAUCCAACGUUCUUGCAUUCUGGCGUCAGCACUUUGUCCUUGAGGAGAACAUGCUGGAGGUUGACUGCCCCUGUGUUACACCUGAGGUUGUCCUGAAGGCAUCUGGUCAUGUGGAUAAAUUUACUGACCUCAUGGUUAAGGAUGAGAAAACUGGGACCUGUUAUCGAGCUGAUCACUUGCUUAAAGAUUUCUGCAAUGAAAAGCUUCAGAAAGACCUCAGCUUAAGUGCAGAGAAGGCUGCUGAGCUUAAACAUAUACUUGCUGUCCUGGAUGAUCUUUCAGCUGAAGAGCUGGGCGCAAAGAUCAAGGAAUAUGGAAUUACAGCUCCAGACACAAAAAAUCCUCUCUCUGACCCUUAUCCAUUCAACUUAAUGUUCCAAACAUCAAUUGGUCCUUCUGGUUUGAGCCCUGGGUAUAUGCGUCCAGAAACAGCACAAGGUAUUUUUGUAAAUUUUAGAGACUUGUACUAUUAUAAUGGGAACAAGCUCCCCUUUGCUGCUGCUCAAAUUGGUCAGGCAUUCAGAAAUGAGAUUUCUCCUCGGCAAGGCCUUCUGAGAGUUCGAGAGUUUACACUAGCAGAGAUUGAGCAUUUCGUUGAUCCUGAAGACAAAUCCCACCCAAAAUAUUCUGAAGUUGUGGACUUAGAGUUCUUGAUGUUUCCCAGGGAAGAGCAAAUGUCUGGACAAUCUGCAAAGAGAAUUCACCUUGGUGAAGCAGUUUCAACGGGAAUUGUCAACAACCAGACCCUUGGCUACUUUAUUGGAAGAGUUUAUCUCUUCCUAACUCGCCUUGGUAUUGACAAAAACCGCUUACGGUUCCGGCAGCAUCUUGCGAAUGAAAUGGCUCACUAUGCUGCAGAUUGUUGGGAUGCUGAGAUUGAGUGUUCCUAUGGUUGGAUCGAGUGUGUUGGUAUUGCAGAUAGGUCUGCUUAUGAUUUGCGUGCUCACUCUGACAAAAGUGGUGUACCUCUUGUGGCUCAAGAAAAAUUUUCAGAGCCUAGAGAAGUGGAGAAACUUGUUAUAGCUCCAGUUAAAAAGGAACUAGGCCUUGCAUUCAAGGGGAACCAGAAGAUGGUUGUUGAAGCUCUGGAGGCCAUGAAUGAAGAAGAAGCUAUGGGAAUGAAGGAUGCUUUGGCAUCCAAAGGGGAAGUUGACUUCUAUAUCUGCACUCUUGGGAAAAAUGUUGUCAUUAAGAAGAACAUGGUCUCUAUUUCAAAGGAGAAAAAGAAGGAACACCAAAGGGUUUUUACUCCAUCAGUGAUUGAACCAUCCUUUGGGAUUGGACGUAUAAUAUAUUGCCUUUAUGAGCAUUCUUUCUAUAUGAGGUCAAGUAAAGCUGGAGAUGAGCAGUUAAAUGUUUUCCGCUUCCCCCCUCUCAUGGCACCAAUCAAAUGCACUGUAUUUCCACUGGUUCAGAAUCAACAAUAUGAGGAGGUUGCCAAACAUAUCUCAAAGUCAUUGACAGCUGCUGGAAUAUCACAUAAGAUAGACAUUACAGGUACCUCAAUAGGGAAAAGGUAUGCAAGAACAGAUGAACUUGGUGUACCCUUUGCAAUCACAGUUGAUUCAACAUCAUCAGUGACAAUCCGAGAGAGAGACAGCAAGGAUCAAAUCCGUGUUACCGUGGAAGAGGCUGCAUCAGUUGUGAAGUCGGUGACUGAUGGACAGAGAACAUGGGACGACGUCUGGUCAAGCUUCCCCCACCACUCAUCUGGGCCAACAGAAUGAUUGAAUCUCUUUAAGUUUCAGUUGAUGUAUUAUUACAAUAUAUCUAUCUACUUCGAAGUUCUCUUAGAAAUUGCUUCAUGUUUUCCAUAUAACUGAUCAAAGCAAAUUUCAAGUUUUGGAACAAAACCUUGCAUGUGUACUUCAAAUUUCUUAUUU